AUGUUAGAAGUCCUUGAGAGAGCUAAAACUGAUGUUACACAAGGUGGACAUCUAUCAUUUGUCAAGCACCAAAAGCUGUGCAUAGCAUUGAGUAAAGUAAUAAACAUCUGCCCAGAUGCUUUAAGGUUUUCUGUGGAGUAUAUGAGUUCCAGGCCGACAUUUUUCAUUGUGCCUGAAGAGGAACAACCAGUAAAGAAGAAACCCAGGAAGAAACAAAAGCCUGCUUCCUUGUUGACUGUAUGCCAAGCUGUCCACUGUUUGUUGAAGAGUGCAUGCAGAGAGUUCAGACAAGUGUAUGACUGGAGCCCAUUCUUGAGGUUUCUGAAAACUGAAGAUUUGGAAACUAGAUGGUUUGCUGUCAAAGCCAUUGCCUUAUUAACUGGAAUGUCAGAUGUACAGAAAAAAAUCUUCAUGAGAAAAUAUAUAGAUGAAGAAACUGAAAGAAAACUAGUUAUCAAGUAA